AUGUCCCGGGAUCUGCUUCGCCCCCCUCAAGUCCACGUCGUGGGCCCGACGCCGUCUCCGACCCCCUCCCCGAGGGCGUCGCCGGCGCCAGGUAGCGGCUACCGGUCCAUAUCCGCUUCGCCCAACCGCAGCCGCCGCUCCACCAUAUCGUCGCAAGGAACACUCUUCGCCGACGAGGGCCUCAAGCCUCCCAUCGGCUCGCCGUACCAGACCAGCACCACUCCCGUCUCGCCGGCGUGGACGUACGGUGCCUCGGCGGGGACAUCGCCCGCCUCCGUAUUCCCCCUCCUCGAUGACUGCGGCCAUGGAAGCCCGGUCAACGGGCCGCCAACAGCUCAGCUCUGCAUGCUUUGUUACGACUUGCAGCACCCCGCCAAGCAGAACCAAGCGAGUGGAAAUGCGUUCUGGCAUGAUCAGAUGUCCAUGUGGGCUGCUGAUCAGCCGUUCUGCUGGGAGGGCGAGUCGGCCUCGCUGGACCACAAAGUCCAUCACGACCGGCUGCAUCCUCAGCGUUCGAGGGCCGUCCCCGCCUUGAAUGUGUCCACCGUCGACGCAUGCUCAUCCGGAGAUUCGUCCCAUGACGUGAACGAUACCUUUGCCGCCUCCAUCCAAGAUCUGUGGCGGUAUGCCACCCCUAACAGUGUCAAUGACAGGACCGCUCGAGCAUCGCUCGUCUGUCUCGGUCCGCAAUGUCACCCUGGAUCGUUUCCGUCCGAAGGUCACCUGAAAGCACACGUUCGGGCAGUCCACACCCAUUCUUGCAACUGGGCGGGCUGUCAGCGGCUGAGCUUUGCGUGUCGCGCGGGUCUCGUUUGGCACGUCAAAUCCGAGCAUCUGUUCAUCUGCCCCGUCCCCGGCUGCACCGAAGCCUCUUUCGAAGAUGUCCGGACCGUAAGUGCCCACGUUGUUGUCGCACAUCCGGAAAUGGGCAACCACGGCGUCAAGGAGUGGCAGCUCGAGGCGCCGACCGCCGUCGAAGUGGUGAGAAAUUCCCUGUCUGCACAGUUGAACAGAUCGUCUGGAAAGGAGUUGGACGGGUGCAACGAGGACGGAGCGAUCAACGAAAUGCUCGCCGUCGCCAUCGCGAAGCGAAAAUGCCAUGAUCAACUUCGGACGGUCGUCGAGAAAAAGGCGAAGAAGAAUUCGGCGGGUACGCCUCGAAACGCCGACUCCCCGACCGAUCUCAUCCGCGCGCGUGCCUCGAAGCUCAUCGACACCGCUUCUUUCCCCCUCAUCUUCGAGCAUGCCGUCCUCCCCUUUCUGGCCGAGUUUCUUCCCAAAUGGACAAGCCCGAAGCACGUCAUCAACGUCGCUCGGGGACGGACGUCGCAGGCGCGACGGCUCUGCAUAAUGACCUCCACCAAGAUUUCUCGGGCCCGCAAGAUCAUCAUAGCUGGCCACGUCGGGGACUUGCUGCCGGAAAAGUUCAGGUGGAGUGUGUCCUUUGUCUUCUCCGUCGGGGAAGUGGUACGCUCCCGCUCCCGCUGCUGGGCCAAAGGAUUGGGCGGCGGACAUCUCGAUGACAUCUGUCAUGCGAGAAAUCCGUAUCACUUCCGGCAUCCCAGCAUGGGAGACAGCAUUGGCAUCAGGGGCAACGGCGACAUCGAGGAGGCGACGGCGACACUCGGCCCCAGUCUGACUGUCGACGGCGGAAGCUACUGGCUCGCAAACUUCCACCCCUUCCUCGAAGCAUACCAGUCCAUGUCCGAGGUUGCCAUCGAACACCCGUCGCCGCAAGAUCGCGCUCACUGCAUCCAGGAAGGUCACGACGUGCUCGACAGCGCCAGCGACUUUACCAUCGGACACGUUCGAGCAACGUCGGGUCUCAACCUGAGGACGACCCGCGUGUCGCAUGAUGCUUACUGGGAUGAGAAUCUCCUGGACAAGCCGCUCGUCACCAUGGACUGGGUCUUGAUAGGCGCCAGCCAGGCCUCUCGCGGGGCCAACAUGCUGCGUCGAUUCCCGUCCGAGACGCAGGCCCCCCUUCAAGAGCCUCUUGUGCGGUCCGUGUCCACGAGGGGUACCCCCGGCGGCGUCGUGCCCGGGGCCGCCGUGGUUUCCAGCGGGAGAACCUCAGGCUACCAGCGUGGCCUGGUUUGCGAGGUCCCGGCCUAUGUAAGCGCCGCCUCCAACGGCACCGGCAAGCCGACGCGUGAGUGGUUCGUCGAGGAGCCGCCGGGAGGCAACGAAGACGACUGGAUCCGAGGAGGCAUCGGCGUCGAGGGAGAUAGCGGGGGUGCCAUCGUCGACGCCGAGACGCACUGUCUCAUGGGCCAGCUCUGGGGACGCAACAAGUACGCCGGCCCCGGUCCUCGCUUCACCUGGUUCGCGCCGAUAACGGACAUCCUGGACGAUGUGCAGGAAAAGUGCGGAACCGAUGGCCGACCGCAACUCCCGCAGCACUGCGACGAGGCGGACCGGUACCCCGUGUACCCAUCCUGCCGGCAGUGUUACGACGCGAAGAUCUAUCUGGAUACCCGCCGGAGCUCACGGGUGUCCUUCCAAAGCAUGAUGAUGAUCGGCGCCGGGGAUGGGGACCAAGAUCUGAUUUCUGUCGAGGCCGUAUCGGAGCUAGCUACGCCGCGAGACUACCACCGCCACACUGGCAUCGAAGAAAUCGGCUCCUCGUUCAGGGGCGUUGGGGUUUGGUCUCCGGCAGACAGCAGGAUCAGUCCGGGCACGCCCGUGAUCGGCGCCGGGGACAUCAAGAGCCUGUACUCGCAGACGUUGGAGCUCGAUGACUCGAUUGACUCGCGCAUAAGCUGCUGCGAGCCUGCCGUUUCGAGAAAGAGGCCAUUGCUGUUCCAGGAAGCCGUCGAUACUGAAGGCAACGGGGAAUCUUCGAAAAGAAAAAGGACGGAAUGGUAA